AUGGGCGAUACAGCCAGAGUUGAUGGUAUACAUGGUGGGAAUAAAAUGUCACCUGGGUCGUUUGCAUCAAGUAUAUCGCUUGCUAUGGUCGCCAUUAGCGUUGUGAGCUUUUGUCUAGCUAGGCGACUCACCAGUGUGCGCGAUGUGAGAAAUUUGGCCCUGGCUCGGUGGUUAAUUCUGGCCGUAUUCUUCGAUAGCUGGCUGUUCGUACUAUCGAGUACUAUCUUACAAGCAAGCUUUGGUCUCAAUAGUAGCCACCAAGCUUGUGAUACCGGGAUCCUUUUGUGCCUUGUUUGCUACCUCAGUUCCAAAGUUCUGCUAUAUUUUUUUUUAGUUGAAAAGGUACAUGUUAUACGCGGUAACAAUGACUCCCGCUGGAAAGACAAGCUGUUCGUAUUUAAUUGCUUCGGGAUGAUGCUUCCUUACCUUGUCAUCAUUGUUUUGACCUUCAUAUAUCGAAAUGCUGUAAUAACUGAGGAUGGAGAAUGCAAGAUUGGCCUGAAACUUCCUGCUAACAUACCGCUCCUGAUCUUUGACUUUGUCAUAAACGUUUAUUUGACAUAUCUCUUUUUAAGACCGCUACAUGGCCUUUAUACAUUUAAUAAUGGGGCCAAAACUAAACAAGCCCGCCUUCAUCAGGUUGCCUUACGCACCUUUAUUGGGAGUUGUUUGACUCUAAUCUCAACUCUUGGUAACCUAGUAUCUCUCAUUAUACUCCGCGGAAGAGAGCCUGGUUGGGUGUGCUUUGCUGUCUGCAAUAGUGAUAUCCUUUUCUCAGUAUUGGUGCUCCAUUGGGUUACACACCAAGAUGAAGUGGCUUCACGCACUUCUCGUUGCCACAAAGGGAUAAAUAAGCUUCUCGGUAUCGAUCUUGAGAAGAUCCUUGAAUCUAUUGAUGUUUUUAUUUUAUUUUUUAAAUAUGACACCUCGUCUUUCUGA